AGCACGAUGAGACCUCCAAACUUUCCUUUGUAUUUCUCAUGUCUGUUUGUGGCGAACAUGGCUCAUAUGGCAUCUUUCGAACAAUCCUCAUUACAUGUUCAAUCAGUUCAUGUUGGAGAAAGUGUGACUUUGUCAUGUGUCUGUGACGAUGCAGCAGCAGUGAUGUUUUACUGGUACAAGCAAACUCUGGGACAGGAACCAAAGCUGAUGUCUACAUUCUACAGGCAUAAUGAUAAUGGCACUUUUAAUGAUGAGUUUAUCAACAAUCAACGUUUCUCAUUGGAUACUAAAAACCAGAAAUAUCACUUAAAGAUUUCAGAUCUGCAGAUUUCAGACUCAGCUACUUAUUACUGCGUAGGGAGCAAUCUAUAUGUAUUUGAAUUUUGCAACGGCAGUACUGUCAGUGUGAAGGGUUCAGGUUUGAACGUCCCAGCUUUGGUCCAUCAGUCAGUGUCUGAGACCAUCCAGCCAGGAGGCUCUGUGACUCUGAACUGUACAGUACACACUGGGAGCUGUGAUGAUGGAGAACACAGUGUUUACUGGUUCAAAUACUCUGAAGAGUCUCAUCCAGGACUCAUUUACAGCCAUGGAGGCAGGAAUGAUCAGUGUGAGAGGAAACCUGACACACAAACACACACCUGUGUCUACAACCUGCCGAUGAAGAGCCUGAAUCGUUCACACAACGGGACCUACUACUGUGCUGUUGCCUCAUGUGGACACAUAUUGUUUGGAGACGGGACCAAGCUGGACUUUGAGGAUGAGUUGGACUCUCCUGUCUUGGUGUAUUUCUUGAGUGCAGCUUUGACAUUCACCACCAUCCUGGUUGUUAUACUGGCUCUGUUAGUGUACAAGAUGAAGCACAGAAACUGCCAAUGUACAGCGACUUCUGCUCCAAAUACAGCGUCAUUUCAAGAUGCAGACAACCUUCAUUACGCUGCUUUAAGGAAUCACAACGUCAACAGAUCAAGAAGACAGAGGGACAACACCGCGACUGAAUGUGUGUACUCCAGUGUAAAGCAAUAGAGCUGGACAUGUGCUGUGCUUUCUUUCUGUGUCCCAAGACAUUGUUGUAAGUGUCAUUUCAGCAGAUUCAAUAAAUAUAAAGUCUUGCCUUGCAAUAAAAACUC